ACCCGACACUGCAGACACUCAGGAACGUACUCCAUGAGUAAAGAUGAACAAUCCCGUAGGAGCUCUCUAGUCCGGGGUAUGUACAUACAUACAUACCCAUGGUGGGAUCAUCGGAACACAUAAAUUAAUUAGUAAAUUAAUCAAUGCAGAGUACAGUGCAGUGCAGCGCAGUGUAACGCCAAACCCUCCCUUCCGGGGUCUGCAGCAUGAUUCCACACUAUCUACCUAUCUACCUACUGUAUCCAGAGUACUCCGUAACUACCGACUUACUACUCCGUAAGUACGGCAUACACAUGCAAACCCACUCCAACACCCAGGUCGGAAGACUUUCCUGCACAUCGGUUAUGAUCGGAAAUGUCUUAGUAAGGGCCAAUUGCGGUGAGUAUCGGAAUGGUCGGAACAGCGCUGCAACCCACCGGGAAGACAAAAGGGGGGUUAGAUUCAAACCAAGGAAAGAGGACGAAGAUCAACGACGAUGUCUUGAUGUCUUGUCUGGUGUGGAUUGCAAUUGUCAGGAUGGGGCGCGCGCGGGGCAAUUGGUUGGUCGGUUAACCUUCCGUGGGAUUAGACGUCGCGGGCGAUCAUUCAAGAAACAAGGCUUGCUUAUUGCCGAUAUGGGUUGGGAUGCAGAAUCCGCUGCUGGGCCGGGGGACGGGGGCCCGAGAUGUCGCUGGUUGCUGCUACAGACGGAGUUGGGCCAGAUCUUCAAGUUUCGAUGAGGGCAAGUCUCCAAUGGAGGGCUGAAAAGGGACAGCCAAACCGAACGGCGGCACGUGCAUCCCGAUGUUGCAGCUGCCAGAAGCGGAAGGCCCAG